ACUGAAGCUCUCUAAACCAUCAACAUGGGCAAGAUCGUGUUUUACGAGGACAAGAACUUCCAGGGGCGCUCCUAUGAGUGCAUGAGCGACUGUUCCGACAUGUCCUCCUACCUCAGCCGCUGCCAUUCCUGCAGGGUGGAGAGCGGCUGCUUCAUGAUCUAUGAGCGCCCCAACUUCAUGGGCAACCAGGUCUACCUGAGGAGGGGCGAGUACUCUGAUAUGCAGCGUAUGAUGGGCUCUAACAUGAAUUUCGAUACCAUCAGGUCCUGCCGUAUGGUCCCCCAUCACAGAGGACAGUUCAGAAUGAGGAUUUACGAGAGGGAGAGCUUCGGUGGUCAGAUGAUGGAGCUGAUGGAUGACUGUGACUCCAUCAUGGACCGCUACCGUAUGUCUGACUGCCAGUCCUGCAAUGUUAUGGAUGGCCACUGGCUCAUGUAUGAGCAGCCCCACUUCAGAGGCAGAAUGAUGUACAUGAGGCCUGGCGAGUACAGAAGCUUCAGGGAGAUGGGAAUGAGCAACAUGAGGUUCCAGAGCAUGAGGCGCAUCACUGACAUGUGUUAAUUUCUGUUUACAAUGACUAAUUUAUAAAAAAAUGUGUAAAAAA